CGCAAUUCGGUCAUGACCAACUUAAGGAAAUAAACCCGGGAAAAUUUUGGAACUGGACUUUCCCGCGCUCGUGAAUGUCCACACAAGCACGGAUUCCGAUUUCUUGGACUAGUGCUAUGGUGGACCAAUCACCAAGAUGGUUCUAAAGACCAUUCAGGAGUUGAAUGAAUACGUCGAGGCAACGGGUGUUGUGUACAACCAUUCCAACACUAAACUCAUCUCAAGAAAAUCUAAAGUGAAGAGAUCUAGAAGGGAAGCAUUCCUGUCUCUGCUUCCCUACAGGAGGCUGUCUUCCCACCAUCAUCAUGCUGAGAACAAACCAUUCACUAAACAGAAAUCAAAGAGCAAACCCAUCGCAGAAAGUGCCACCAGCAAGACGAGGCAGAAACUGCAGGUUUCUGUCCGGUCCCAACUCCCACAUGGAUCAAAGACACUGGAUUUCGAAGUAGAUCCAGACACAUCCGUCUCGUCCCUGAAAGAGUUGAUACACCGGAGGAUCGGUGUUUUGCCUCAACGUCAGCAUCUACACAUCGGAAACAUUCCGCUCCUUGAUUUUCUCACGCUUCACGAGAAUGGUGUCGACAAAAAGAAAAUCAUCUCACUGUCAACCGAUGACCUGACUCCAGAUGGACCAAAAGUUACCUGCCAAUCCAGAGAUGAAGCAGAAAGAACCCAGGCACAGAAACCUGAUGAAACGAGAUCAGAGAAGGAACAAAGUGGAGCUACACCACAAGAGGAAGAGAAAAUGGGAAAGACAAAAGCCCACGACAAAGAAGAAACUCCGAUUAUCUGGUGCAUCAAAGGGUAUUUGCAGGUCUUCGUAAAGAAUCCUCUCCUUCGUGGACCAAGGAUGCUCUGUUUCCAGCUGGAGCCAGAGACGUCCAUCUCAUCCUUGAAAGAGAAGAUACACGAGAGGAUUGGUGUCAAACCCAAACUUCAGCAUCUUCAUAUCAGGAGAAAUACUCGUAACUUUCAGCUUCAUGACUUGCUUACCCUUAACGACUGUGGAGUUCAACAAGAUGAGACUAUCGUACUUUGUCUACCAACUGGUGGCCUACUGGGUGGUGGACGAACAGAUCCCAACGAUGUGGCAAAACAAGACACCAAUAAGAAACAAACGGAUGGCAACCGUGUCAACCCUCCAUCUGAUUCACAAGAAACACCUCGGCAAGGAGAACAGCAGAGUACUAGGUCUGAAACACAAGACUUUUCCGUAAAGUCGUCAUCACAGCACAAACGAACGGCCCAAGAACAGGAUUCCCAGCAAGGGACAUCGUCGAAGAGAGCUAGACAGGGAGAGGCAGGCAAGUUGGAUGACAGCAGCCUCUACAGCUUAUCCGAACAGAUCUCUGCAAAGAAAUGGACAAAACUGGCUAUAAAGCUAGGCUUUUGCCAUGCUGAAGUCACGCAUUUUGAGGCUGAGCAUCCCAGUGAUGUUGUCAGACGAUUCUUUGACAUGCUGGUUUCAUGGAGAAACCGACAAUCUGGUGAUGUCAAUCAGACAGAAGCUCUCUGCAAAGCAUUGAAGGAGGUUGGGGAAACAAGACUUGCUGACAACUUGGCAGAACGCUCUACAUCUGAUGUCCAAUCCCAAGUUGCUACCAAAUGUAAAGAUGCACUAAAGGAGCGCUAUGAGUGUACAGGGGCCUAUGUACCGCUGAAUCCAUGGCUUGGUAAGCACAAGAAACACUUUGUGGAAAUCUACACCAGGUUACAGUUAGCAAAGGCUCGAGAUCGUGAAAAACUGAUGCAGGGAUUAGAAUCUCUAACUGAGAGUACAUCCAAAGACAGGGUGGUUUCUUAUGAGGAUAUUUUACUCCUUAAAACAGAAACAGGCAAAUUGAUCCAAAUAGCUGUAUUAAGUGGUUUGGCUGGUAGAGGAAAGACCACUCUUUUGGACAAAAUUGCACUUGACUGGGCAACAGGCUGUAGUCAGGUACUACAGAAGUAUGAACUGGUCUUCCUUUUGAAAAUGUGUUACUUGGAGCAGGUGUCGAGUCUUAUUGAUGCAGUUUUUGGCCAGUUCUUAUUCGCUGAAGGUGCCUUUAAAGACACAGAGAAAGAUGCUCUUAUGUCAUAUAUCCAGGAGAAUGCGGACAAAGUCCUUUUUCUUUUGGAUGGUUUUGAUGAGUUGAAGACCAUCUCCCUCAGUAAUCCCAUACUGAAGAUCCUGAAUAGAAAGUUGUUUAGAGGCUGUACUGUACUUGUCAGCACCCGCCCCUCACACUUUGACAGAUUGGUAUCAAAGGAACUGGUUCAAGAACCAUACACACAUGUCAGGGUUCUGGGGUUCAACACAGAAGACAUGAGAGAUUAUGUGAAGAGAUAUUACUCAGAUGAACCUGACAAGGCUGAGGGGCUUCUAGAAAAAAUUCAAUCCUCUAACAACUUUUCCACUUUGGCAGAAAGUCCAAUGUUGCUUCUUUUGAUGUGUUUGUUGUGGAGAGAAGAUUCCACACUCCCAGAAACAAUGUCACAGUUGUAUCAGAGAGCAAUUAAAUAUAUUGGCAAAAGAAAGGAUAUUUCAAAAGAGGAAAUGUCCAGAGUUCUGAUUGCCCUUGGCCAGGUUAGCUUAUGUGGUCUUCUCUCCCAAGAUCAAGAACUGACUUUUCAAGAAAGUGGCUUUGAGCAGAGUGUGCUUGAUACAGCUCUAAAAGUUGGUAUUGUUACCAGACAAACAGUCUUUAAGAGUAAGAGCCUAGAGCCCCACAGCAUUGUGCAGUUCAUUCACAAGACAUUCCAGGAAUUUUCUGCUGCUGCGUACUUGCGAAACAUAUCUAAAGCAGACACAAAGACGUUUCAUGAUACUGUGAAUGAAAUCAUGUCGAAGGACCCAUUAGCUUUUGGAUAUCUUCUGCGUUUUUGUUGUGGUGACAAUGAGGCAUGUACAUUAGAGAUACUGAAGGUAUUUCAGGAGAGGCAUCAGAAGGAUUUGUCAUUUAUCAGUGAGGUGGGUCAGUUGGCACUUCACUGUUACUUUGAAGGUCAGUGCAAAUGUUUGCCUCCUGAAGAAUUCAUACAUUCAUUUCUGACUGAUCACAUUGCCAUACAGAAUCUUAACGAUGACAGUGGAAACUCAGUGAGAUACUUUGUGCAGCGUAUUGCUAAGGAGACAAGGGACAGUGGCAGGGCAUACCUUGCUGAUGUCAAGAGCGUGAUUAUUAGUUCGGAUUCUGUACAUGUAUCACAUAUUGUAGAGGCGUUCAGUGGUCUACCCAACUUGGUCACAUUGGAACUGUAUGGUUGUAGGCUGUGUGGUACAGCAGUGUCAUGGGGCAAGCAGUUGAGGCAGUGCAAGGCACUGCAGGAGCUGGACUUGAGGUGGUGCUUCUUGAAUGGACAGGACAUGGUACAUGUUGCUGAGUCACUCAGUGGUCUACCCAACUUGCAUACAUUGGAUCUUAUUCACAGUGACCUGGGUGGUACAGCAGUGUCAUUGGUCAAGCAGCUGGGGCAGUGCAAGGCACUGCAGCACCUGGGCUUGAGUGACUGCUCAUUGAAUGGAAAGAAAAUGGUACAUGUUGCUGAGUCACUCAGUGGUCUACCAUACUUGGUUACAUUGAAGCUUUCUUGGAAUGACCUGGGUGGUAAAGCAGCAUUAUGGGGCAAGCAGUUGGGGCAGUGUAAGACACUGCAGGACCUAGACUUGAGUGGCUGCAAAUUGAAUGGACAAGACAUGGUACAUGUUGCCGAGUCACUCAGUGGUCUACCAUACUUGGUUACAUUGAAGCUUUCUUGGAAUGACCUGGGUGGUAAAGCAGCAUUGUGGUGCAAGCAGCUGGGGCAGUGCAAGGCACUGCGGGACCUGGACUUGAGUGGCUGCAAAUUGAAUGGACAAGACAUGGUACAUGUUGCUGAGUCACUCAAUAGUCUACCCAACUUGGUUAGAUUGAGGCUUAUUAAAAAUGAUCUGGGUGGUGUAGCAGCAUUGUUUUGUGCAGAGUUAAAGCAGUUCAAGGCCCUCGAGUAUCUGAUGCUCGGGGACCGUGAGGUGACAGAGAAAGAGAAAAGGCAUAUC